AUGGACGAUGCCUUUGGCGCUGCAAAUCUGAGGCGCCAAAGAUUGCCGCGCCCAGCUCGACACGGUGACUUGAGUCCCGCAGAGACCAUGGAGACGGUGCCGGGCCCGGGUCCGGAAGCGGCUUCGGAGGCGGCUUCAGAACCUCGCAGCCGAGCGGGGCAAGCGGGCCAAGAGGGCCAAGCGGGCGAGGGCCAAACCGUUGCCAUGGAGGAAGUCCGAUCGCCUGCAGCUCCGGCGUCAGAAAGCCCUGCAGAUCCCAGAACACGAUCUCCGUUCGCGGUGUGCCAGGUACUGACUCCACCACAGGAGACCUUGAGGCAAGUGAAGUUGCUGUGGCGCCCUAAGACAGGCUCGCCCCAGUGGGCUCUGAAGCUCUACAGCCCAGUGCCCUGCGGAAGUUGUUGCGACAACCGGGGCAGCUGGGCAGAACAUGUGGCAGCUGCUGCAGCCGCGAUCGUUUUCACCUUGCUGACCAACCACGUGCAAAGACAUCCGAUAAUUUUGUGUGAAGCUGACAGCGACCACGGCAACGCCUUCUCAGCGGCGUUCCCAUCGACGUGGACGAGCCAACGCAAGGUUCUUCCCAAGUGGAAACUGCUACAGUUGGUGAGCAAGAUCCAAGGUCACCACUCCAAGGAUACAGCCUUCAUCCAUCGCAUCCACAGAGAGAUCAUGACAGACGCAGACGGUCCCUGGCGAUGCCAAACAUGCAAAAAGAUUUGCAGUGCAACGCAUCAAUUCUGCGGCGUGUGUGGGAUUUCAUGGCAUCUUUGUGCCGACCCAUCCUACCAGCCACCGCAGAGGCAGACCAAAGCGCAACGCUCAGUCCAAUGGAACUAUGCAAAUCCAUGGACCGACCAAGACUGGGAGGAUCCUCAAUGGGAUCCACAGCAAUCCGAUCACUCUCAAUGGACAGCGUCCCCAAGAAGGCGUACCUCGUCGAGAAGACGGCCAUCAAAGAAAGCGACCAAAAAAGUUGCAGAGACACCCAAAGGAGCAAAGGGCAAAGGCAAGAAUGCAAGCGUAGACCAAGACAGAAUGGGUCCGCCCCCAUUGCCUACCAACCCGGUGGAUCCGCCAUGGCUGCAAUCGAUGAGUUCCAUUGCCGCGACUAUGCCACCUCCGAUACAGCAAAAUGCGGAGGACAAACAGUUGAAGAGCCUCAUGGCAGUUUUGAAAAAGCACAGCGACACGCUGCCACCGGAAGUUCAGAACAUGGUGAACGAAGCUGCAAUCAAAGAAGGACAGCAACAGACCAAGCAACUCCACGCUGUGGUAGCAGCCCAUGGGAGAGCUCGCAAAGAGCUGCAACAAGCUCAAUUGGCACGCUUCCAGCUUCACAACGCUUGGAGGGGAUUUCUCAGCCAAGCUGUCACUCAGUGGCAGGGCUACAGUGCACAAUUCCUGGAACAAGAAAAACAGAUGAACGAGCGUGUCAAUACAGCAAUGGAAGCUUUGAACCAAGCAAAAGAAAGUCUGGCCAAAGCCAAGUCCACAGCUGGAGUCGAAGCCAAAGAAGACACCAUGGCCAUCAGCGACGAAGAGCCGGACAAGGAGAUCGCAGGCUCAACAGCCGAUCGUAUCCAAGAAGGCCUCACCAAUUUGCAGUCCAGCCUCGAGGCGCUACAGUCCUCAGCCGAGCAGAUGGUAGAGGACGAACAAAAGGCCCUCAAGAGACCACGCCUAGACACGGGUCAACUGGACUCAGCAAAGCCGUCCGAGUUGCCUGGUGCUGCAUCGGGUUUUGGUUAG